AAAGCUGAGAAGAAACGAAGAGAAUGUAGCUAAAAAGAGGUGUGUGUGUGUGUGUGUUAGUUUGUAGAGGAUGGGGAUAGUUUCUAAAUUUGGUAACUUAUGAUGAUUGUUGAUGUUUCUGACCUGACUUCUAGAUUUGGAUUUUGAUACGAAUCUUUUUCUUCUAUUGUUUCUCUUAAAAAAAAAAAAAAAAAACUGGUACUUGACUCUGUCUUGAAAAGCAUCAAAACUAGUUUAGUAUCUCCGGUUUACGAAAAUUAGGGAUCUAAAUAAUUUAGUAAGGAUUUUAACAAAAUAUAUAUUUAUAUAAAUUUAACGAUCUUUGUUUAUGUAAAUUAUUUUUGAGACAAGCUAAUGUUUCACUUGUCUAGACCAACUACCAAAUGAACUACCUAUAAAAAUAGUCCAAUUAGUAAAAGAUCUCCUGUUAGUUGCUAGACUUGCUACUGACGAUGAACAUAUACAAAAAGUUAAUUGGAAUUUGCAUUCCCGACAUAAACUACUCUGCUUCUUGUCAGGAAGUCGAUCUAGUUGUGUAACCCACAUAGAAGUGCAUGUUUUGGAAUUGCUCCAUUUGAACCAAACUGAAGAAGCCUAUAUACCUAUUGUUUUACUGGUGUUCUCGGGCUGAGAUCCUCAUAUGUCUUCUCCGGAGAGAAGCUUUGAUACUUAAUACCUCCAAAGCUCCAACCACCCAACUUUUAAGAGUCUUCAAUAGAUCCCACAAGAGUUUGAAACCUGAAUAGUAGUUAAAUAAACAUGAAGAUUAUGAGCCGGUUCUAAUUUCGGAGAGGGAAGAGUCUAGCCCUCAAUUCCACUUGUGCAUAAAUUUACAUAGAAACAGUAAAUAAAGUAUUUUUUUUUGUCAAAAAGAAAACAGUAAAUAAAGUAAAAUGAUACAACUUUUGGUGAUAAAUAUCACAUAAAUGUUUUAAAUAAAUUAUUUUUAGUAUACAUGAAAUUUUAGAGGUUAUAGAUCAUUUAGUAAAAGUUUUAAUUUCUUUUACAAAUUUGAACUAAAAUUCUUAAAUUUUUUUGAGGUUAUAAAUCAAUGUUUCACUUGGCUAGAUCUAAGACCAAGUCAUAUUUAGUUAUAAGGCAUAUUAAUAGUUUAAGUUCAUGUAACAACUUGGUAAUCUCAUUUUAAUAUUAAUAUAAAGGAAAUGACGUUGAAAUCUGUUAUUUACUUAAAAUAAAUAUUGAUAUCUUGUCAUUUGCUGUACAUUAACAUUAAACAAAAAUUAUAUAGAGAGAAAAUAACGAUGAGGUUAUUAUUUGUUUACAGAAACAGAAUUCAUUUAAAAAAGGAUCCAACUGUAAUUACGACAGACAAGCGGAUCCAGUUGAAGAGUUUUUGUCGGGGCUCCGACAGUCUUUAAAGUUUUACUAAAAAUAUCCCCAAAAAUAUUCAAAAGCAGUUUGCUUUUUUGAAAGUUCCAUGGCAGAUGAGAAGGAGAUCAUCGAUAUUUGUAGCUCCGAUGAGGAACACGAAGAAAACGAUAUAGAUGGCCAGACCAGUGAAGAAGACAAGGGAGAUGAAGAUGAUGAUGAAGAAGAAGAUGAUGAUGAUGAUGAUGAUGAAGAAGAAGAUGAUCGGAGCUUGAGUGGAGAUGAUAGCGAAUGGAGUGAAGAUGACUCCACGGAUUCAAAUUCAGACUUCGAUGAUGAGGAAGAUGAAGAUGACGAUGAAGAUGAUGAGGAAGAUGACGAAGACUCUCUUGUAGAUAAAGUCACUCGCCUGCUCAAGGGUUUAUCUAUUUAGGGUUUAUGAAUCUUGAUUGCUAUCAGUGCUCGUUGAACUUGUAUGGACUUAUUAUUAAAAAUUAUAAAUGUAACGAUUGAUUAAUGA